CCCCACGGGGCGCUGCGCCGGCGGAGGCGAUCGCUGCGCGAGGCGAGGAAGAGUGUAGAAAAAGCGGCGCGCUUUGCAGGGAGUUUUUGAGGGGCGGCGGCGAUGGCGAAGCGGCUGAUCCCGUCGCUGAACCGCGUGCUGGUGGAGAAGCUGGUGCAGCCCAAGAAGAGCGCCGGCGGCAUCCUCCUCCCCGAGACGUCCAAGCAGCUGAACUCUGGUAAAGUGGUGGCUGUUGGCCCUGGCGAACGUGACAAGGAUGGGAAGCUGAUCCCUGUUGCUCUCAAGGAAGGAGACACUGUUCUCCUGCCUGAAUAUGGUGGGCUUGAAGUCAAGCUUGCUGCUGAGAAAGAGUACCUCCUCUUCAGAGAGCACGACAUCCUGGGCACCCUUGUGGACUGAUUUGGAUCAUCACGCAUUCUACCAGACACAAGUCUCUUUAUGAUGUCGUAGAAUUUUGGCUAAGAACAUCAUGAACUCGAAAAAAAAAACUUGUUGCUUCCUUUGUCUGUCGCGAUGAAAUUCAGUGAACGUUGCCAUUUGAAGAGCUGGUUUAUUUUUAAUCUGAUCCUUGUCUGCUAUG